UCAGGUGGCCUCGUCCAAAUCUGUGAUAUUCAAAAUGGGGAAGAAAACACAUGCUUCAAAAUCAAAAUUAAGAAACAAACACCAGAGUAAGAAAAACAGCUCAAAAGACAUAAAAAGAAGAAAUCAAAAGAAGCCUAAGAAUCAAAGUGUAACGAUUCAGAAGCAGGAUUUUGGUAAUCCACUUGGAGUAGAAGACGAUGAUCAAAUUGAAGAUAGCGCGGCUGGUAUUUUAGGCCCAGAUGCUGCACUUGAAGAUAUCGAUUAUCUUCUGAGCAACCGUGGGAAUUUCUCUUUUUUAUCUCAAGGUCUAGAAAGUGAUGAGCCACCAAAAAAACGAAAGAAAAAUAAUGAAUUUGAAGAAAGUGGGUAUGAGAAGCAGCCAAGAAAACUAGGAAAAGCUUACAAAGAAGAUGUUGCAACUGAAAGGAUACAUCUGCUACCAGUCAAAGGAAAAGAUGGCUUAAUUCAGCGAUCAGUGGCCAAAGAAAAAGAAGCAAAAGAAACAGAAAAUGACAAAGAUGCUAAUAUGACAGAUGAUAUCCAUGAGAAUUUCAAGAAGGAAUUAACAUUGGUUGAGAUUUAUGCUGAACGAGAAAAGUCUAUUAAUGAAAGUAAGGCAUCCAUUGCAGCAGCUUGUGAAGAUAUUUUGCAAGAUCCUGAGGCAAAUUUGAAAAGCUUGAAGAAAAUGCUAGAAUUCUGCGGGAAGGACAAAAUUGUUGUCAUCAGAAAACUCUCUAUGGUAUCUUUGUGUGAAGUUUUUAAAGACAUAGUACCAGGUUAUCGAAUUCGACCUCUUACAGAUGCAGAGAAAUCAGGAAAAGUUUCAAGAGAAGUAAAAAAGCUCCGUGAUUUCGAAGAAGGACUUGUAACAAAUUACAAGAAGUAUAUUGAUGUUUUAGAGGAAGCGGUGCAAGAUUUUGUUGGGAAAAAGAAAAAGGAAUCAAAAGCCAGCCUGUCAGCUGCUGACAAGGUUGCCAAAGGAGUUGCUAUAACUGCUGUUAAAUGCAUGGUUGACGUAUUAGCAGUUUUGAACCAUUUUAAUUACCGGACAAAUCUCAUUGUUUCUGUUGUGUCUAAAGUGAAUUACGGUGGUGAGAAAUCAGAGAUCUCUGAUAUUUGCUUGGGAGCAUUGAAAAAUCUAUUCAGAAACGAUGAAGUUGGAGAUAUUUCUUUGGAGGCCAUUAAAGUCAUCAGUCGACUGGCAAAAACUGGCUUAGGAAAGAUCAGACCUCAGGUGUUGGAGACACUGUUGUUUCUCAAUAUUGACGCACAGAUGAUCAAAGAUGCUGAAAAUCGAGAAAGUAAGGUAGAAAGACUUCGUAAAAAGAAGGAGCAAUUGAAGAAAAUGUCUCGAAAAGAGAAAAAGAGAAAAAAGUUGGAAUCCAAAUUGGAUAAAGAACUGCAAGAGACCCAGGCUGUUGAAAGUCGACAAAAAAUUCAGAAAUUUCAAACAGAAAUUUUGAAAUUCGUCUUCGUCAUCUACUUUCGUGUGCUGAAGCAGGAAACCAAGACACCGCUGCUGACCCCCGUCUUAAAGGGACUAUCUAAAUAUGCAUAUCUCAUUAAUGUGGACUUUUUCAACGAUCUGAUGACUGCCUUGAACAGACUGAUAAACUCGGGGGAUCUUUCAUUGACGGAGUCGUUGAAUUGUGUUUUGACAGCCUUCAAAAUACUAUCUGGCCAGGGUGAAGCAUUGAAUAUUGAUCCCCAUAAUUUCUACUUGCAUCUGUACAACUCACUUGUCGAUGUUUCUGGAGAUUCAAAACACGAGGAUAUUGAUCUGUGUAUCGAAUGUUUAUCAUUGAUGCUAGUCAAAAGGCGCAAACAGGUUUCAAUAAGACGAAUUCAAGGCUUUCUGAAACGAAUGACAACGAUAACGUUGCAUCAUGAAACAGAGCAAUUACUCGCGCUAAUGUCCCUCCUGAGGAGCGUUCUGCAGUUGAAUCAGAAGUGUGAUGCUUUGCUUGACAACGAGCAGUUAGGCCGUGGAGUGUUUCAGCCUGAACUACCUGACCCAGAACACUGUAACGCAGACAGCACUGCCUUGUGGGAGCUUUCGCUACUCAUAAAACACUUUUACACGGAUGUUAAUCAAUAUGCCAAGCACUUGCUACAUGGUGCGCCAUCACAGGGGCAGCAUUCGUUGCCUGUCAGAUUAUCCCAGAGAAACGAAAUUCCAGACAUGACCUGUCCACCAAUGGAGUUUUAUUUCCCGGAGAAUCUACCGACUCAAAGACAGAAAAAGAAGAACCAAAAGCUCGAGGACAAAUAUUUCAGACAUAAUUUCCAGGACCUAAUCAAUGACAUUAAUGGGUCGAAAACCAGUAUAAGUUGUGAUUUUGCUAAGUUUCUUAGGUAGCCAAUAUUACGUUUUCUACAGAAAGAAA